AUUUUGAUUCAGUUGUUGUUGCUGCUGCUGCUUGUCCCACAAAAACAGAAAUUGUUUGCCCUCCAGGAGCGACAAAAACAACGAAGAGAGAGAGCACUGAGAGCCGACGGAGAGCCGAAAGGGAAGCCGAGGCACUCGGGACACCCAAAAACAUCAGAGACGCCGAAGCUCAGUCAGUCGCGUGAGUGCAUUGCAUCUGGCCGCACCAACGCAACGCAUCUCGCAUCCUCGAGAUACAUCCGCAUCUGUGGGACACAUCCGGAUCUUGAGAUACAAUCGCGAGUGCAAAUUGCAGCGGCCGCUUGUCAAUUAAUUGAAUUCCAAAUCCAAGACCAUCCGAGAGUUCCCCAAAUCGGUGGCGGAAAAUUAACACAGAAGCCGAAGAUUUCCACAGAUUCAGCUCAAAGCUUUUCUCACCUUUUCCUGGUUACAGCAAAACCAACUGUGACGUGCUCUUAGAUGAAAGGAACGUGCGAUGCAAUUGAAUCCAAGCAGACAUACUGAAACGCACUACUGGAUUACCCUAUUUUGGUGUGCCUUAGGAGGUUUAAUAUUGGGUGGAAUUGUUGUCAUCUCAUACUGGAUAAGACGAUGCAGGACACAACCAGCGAGGUCAGCGAUCCGGCACCGUCGCAUCCGGAGCCGGAGCUCAUCAUCAGCUGCCACCGGGAACAGCGGGAUCAGCGGGAUCAGCGGGAUCAGUGCGAACGGUAUCAUCUCCCGAGGGAUAGUAAAAUCAUCACCCGAUCACAAUCCUCGGCGUCGACGACGCCGCAUGCUCCAGUGCAUCAACUGAAGCAGCAGCAAUCCCUGCCAAAUCCACCGCCCACGCAGCAUCACACCAGCCACAAUCACAAUCCGCACGCCUCCAAAUCCGUCUCGAUCCUGGUCUAUAAGACCCUGAAUACGGUCUUCAAGAGCAGCCGCAAGAUCAUAGUGCGUGUGUGUGAGGUGGCCAGCGCCAAGAAGUCCUUCACCAUGUUCAAGUUCAACAAGGCCGCCCAGCAGCAGCGGAUCGACAAUAGGGCCAGUGCCGUCACAGGACAUGACCCCUUUGUGCGGCCGCCAGUGCCCGAAAAGAAAGUGAAGCACAUUAUGAAGAAGCUGCACAAGGCGAAUGGCCUGAAACGCUCCAAUUCAGCAAUUGAGUUCGAUGUCUCGGCUUUGACGGCCGCCAAUCGUCGCCAGAUUUAUAGUAGCAAUCGGUCGGCGAGCUCGGAGCAAGAUAACUCAGAUCAAUCCGAGCACUCGGAGAAAUCGCCGCUGGUUAGCGCGAGGUUAGACAAUCUAGCUAGGCUCUUCUUUAGCAAGUCGAUGCCAGCGGAAACCGGAAGUAGAGAUACCAUAGAUUCUGUACUGAAUACAAGGCCCAACAUCAAGUAUCAGUAUUCCGCCUUGGACAGCGGCAAUGGGAUCGUGGAGCGGAGUCCCAGGGAGCGGGCCCAAAGGGAGAAGGCCUUGAAUGCCACCCAGGAAUGGAUUCAGAGUGCCAAUGGACGUUACGAGGUGAUAGCUCAUCUGGAUGAGAUCGGUUCCAGGCAUGGCAAGAACUGGUUUCUGGUCACAGAUGCUUCGGUUCGCACAGAUCGUCUGUUGACUUUGCUACCUCUGCCCCACUGCGUGGCCUUUGAGGAUCUGCCGCCCAAUGAGUGUGCCAGGGAGAUCCUUAUGGAGCUCCUAGGUUCACUGCAUCAUCCUUACAUAUAUCCCGUGCUGGAUCUGGGCUUCUUGCGGAACAGCUCGCAUAACUAUGCCUGCCUGGUGACGCCCUUCAACUCACGCGGCAGCCUCAAGGAUCUCAUAUAUAAAGCACAGUGGAACGAGCCAUGGGCCAAAAAGUACACGCGUAAGCCAAAUGGUUUGCCAGUGAGCCAAGUGCAGCGCCUGGGGCGUCAAAUCCUGGAGGCCUUGCUCUUCCUAAAGGAGCGCGGCUUUCCGCUUCAUGGUCACCUGCACAGCGGCAAUGUCAUCCUGCAGAAUGGGGCAGCCAGGUUAUCUGGCCUGGAGAAUGGCCUACUGGGCUUAAGCUCAAGGAAUAAUGCCGUCAUGUGGUCCCGCUCGGUAACCGAGAUCGAGAAUGUGGACAUUGUCUGUUUUGGCCAUUUGCUGUACGAGAUGUGCACGGGCCAGGAGCUGACCACACCCAAGCCGUCCAUGCGGGUGCUCGAAAUGGAGAUGCAGCACUACCCACAAAUUGGCCAGAUUCUGGAAAUAUUAGGUCUAAUCUUUGAACCGCCUAGCGGUGUCUGCCCCUCCGUUGAGGACCUAGUCCUGUGCGAUCUCUUUCGCAGCAUCGAUUUGCGCGAGCUGCGUGGCCCCUGUUUUAGUACAAUUAAGCCGAGCCUCAGCAGGUCCACCCUAAAUCUGCUGCAUGCGGUUAAGAAGCGCCAAUGCGCCUCACUGGGCCACUCUCUCAGCGAGGCAAACUCACCCUGCACACCGCCCUCGACACCGCACGAUCGACGCACUGGUAUCAGCCGAACAAUGGACUCAUUUGACAUAUCAAGCGACUCGGAGGAGGGUCUGCUGGAGGAGAUUGUGGUCGGUGGUAGCUGCCAUCGGCAGCACUUGCUACGCCUGCAGCAAUGGCACUCGGCCCACUCAUAUAUCCAUUCAUACGAACCGCCCUCGGAGUCGCCCAUUCACUACUGUGACCCGGCUGCUCUCUAUUCGGAUGACAAUGGCCACGAGCCGGAGACGGGACAAGAGCAUCAGCCACCGACCAUUCGGUGUAGUACCAGUAGUCAGAGCAACUUGAAUGUCCUGCUGGCCGAGGGAGUCACAGCCACCGAGGAUGGUUACGAGGCCCAGGAGGUGGAGGUGGAGGAAUUCGAGGUUCUCGAGGAGGAGGAGGCCAGCGGCUCAUCGGGUUCGCAGAGACUGCAGGCCCCAGCCUGCACUUCGUCGGCGGCUGGAGCCUCCUUCAAUCACCAGCUCACCGCCGAUAUGUGCAACUACAAGAACUCGAAGAGCCGGCGGCUGGAGUACUCGCUGAAGUGCCUCAAGUAUGGCCGCAGUAAUCCCUCCCAGGACUCGGCCUUUGGUUCACUGACCGACAACGACCUGUCCAUCGGCUCUUCUAGCAUACGGCUCAGCAGCUUUCAGUCUAUAUCCUCGCCCAUUGACGAGGGCGUGGAGGAUAUCAUCAUAGCCACCACCACGGGUGGCAAUGAAACCUGCCUGGAGCUGGCCACCAUUCCCCGGAGCAUGGUGUCCCAGGACUCGGCCAUUUCCUCGCCAUGCCGUGAGAGUUCUCCUAAUAACUUUCUCCACAUUGAUGAUGCCAUGUCGGGCACGGGCUCCACUUCAUCGGGUUCCAAUUGUGGCUCCUAUGGGAACAUACGUCCCCAGCAAUUUCCAGUUUCACUGUCACCAAAGAUCUUGGUAACAGCUACCAGCAAUUCGAGCAGCUCUUCACUGGCCUCCAACAGUAAUGCGGGUCAAGGUCAGGCCCAGAGUCAGGUUCAGGGACAGGGACAAGGCCAUCCCCAGCAGCAGCAGCAGCAGUUUGAUCCGCCCAAGAUUCUGGUCAACGAUCAGAACUCUAUAUACACCACAUCGCCCUCAAAGCGAUCAGGGAUGAUAGAGGUCUUUUCGCAGAAAUAUCGGGUGAGCUCCUUCGAGGACAUGUCCCCAAAGCGAACCUCUGACAAGCAGCAUCUGAAGCAUGUGAAUCGCCUGGCCUUCCGCUCCUUGGAGGAGGAGCGUCGCAUUGACAAUGCCUUUCUACCAAUGACAGAUCGCACCCACUCGGACAAUCGCGUGAAUAUGCAGAGUGAGAAAUACAAGAAGCUCACACAUGCCUCCUUUCGGAUAAGCAAGGGUCAGGGUCAGGAUUCACCCACGGCCACGCCCACCAGCCAGACGCCGCCCAGUCAUCCGAGCAAUAGCAUCGAGAUGCAACGCACCGGCAGGCAAACCCUCUGGCGGGACAGUAAGUUCUAUAGAAAGAACAGGAUUGCCAAGAGCAAUGACUCCCUGAUGGAGAAUAAUCCCUCGCCAAGGAUCUCGCCCUGUUCGUUGCGGGACAAUCAGUAUGAGAGUAGCAGGAGCAGCUCCCAGGCCAGUCGGAGAUCGCUGAGUGGAAGCCAACAGAUGCUCAGUGUGACCACCAGUUUCUGUGGCAAUGGAAGCGGUGGAUCACGCAAUGCGGCCAGAUACUGCAGCUCCAAGAGUGAGGAUCUGGGCGAAUCCUCCGACUAUUUGAGGGUAAUGGAUGCCCGCAAAUCAUACUCGGAAAGACAUCUGGUGCGGCUUAAACAGACGGCCAUUAAUAACACACACAGCGAGGACGAGAUGAGCUUCAACGAUAAUGACAAUAAUACCAUGGCAUCAUCGCAACAGGGCCAGGGGCUACAGUACAAUCAGCCCCAUUACAAUCAGAAGAAGCAUCCUCAGGGUGGCCGAUGGAGUAGCAGCUGCUCCAUUGGGAGCCACCUGAAGACGACCAAUAUAAAGACCACCUCGCUGUCCGCUCAGUCCAGCCAAUCGAAUUUAGUGGCCACCUCAGCAACUGCCAGCUAUCGCACGCCCUCCAAGUCCCUCGAUCAGAGCACCAUCAUCAUACCGAGCACCACAGUCCAGGGGAAUCACCAGGGGAGUCACAUUACCCCAAAUACCAGUAGCAACAGCAACAGCAACAGUAGCAGCAGCAGCACCAGCAGCUCGGUGGACGAAUCACCGUCCAGAUUGACCCUCAGUGGUGCCGAUCUCUCAAGGAUCUUUGUGAUGGAUAUGGAUGAUGCACCCGGAAGCAGCUGUAGCGAGGAGAAGACCCCUCUACUGGAUAGUGUGGAAAUGUCACCAAUCAGUCCAACCGAACCGGAGCAACCGGAUCUGGACAAGCUCUAAGGGGAUCCCUAAUCGGGAUUACAAUAUAUAUACACUAUAUACACGCACAUACAGACAUACGUUUUGAGCAGCCGAAAUGCAAAGCAUGUGAUAAAGAAACCAAAUAUAGCAGAAAUCGAAAGGGGAACCAUCAAGUUAUAGAACUAUUAGGUUAGGUAUGAGAUGGCAAGCAGGGAGGGGUUUUCAAAAGAGAGUUUUUGGGAUAGGAAAUCAGAUUUUAAAGCUUUUAACUUUGCUAUAAACUUAAUAAUUAUUAUCUUUAAUGAUUACAAAUAAAGAUUCACAGAAAGAAUGAAUCUAGUGACAUUAUAUGAUUAUUCCUCUUAAGUUCAGUUCUAAAUAGAACCUACUUCUUAAAUUCUUCUUUAAAAAUUUCUAUUCCCGAAAACUCUCUUUUUGAAGAAACCUCCAGCACAGCCAGUGUUGGUUAAGGUAAGGCAUAUUCUAAUCUUGGUAUCACACAAAAAACACACUGAAAAACCCACUUUCUAAACACUCUGAAGAAUAUACACAAAAAUAAAUGUAAACUUGGGCUGCUUUCGCCUCUGCUAGAUUCACACACACACA